CUUCGCCAUCAUGCGCCACCUGCCCGCCUAGGCUUCUCGCCAUGUCUUCUCACAAGACUUUCAGAAUCAAGCGAUUCCUGGCUAAGAAACAAAAGCAAAAUUGCCCUAUUCCUCAGUGGAUUCGGAUGAAAACUGGCAACAAAAUCAGGUACAACUCCAAGAGAAGACACUGGAGGAGAACGAAGCUGGGUCUGUAAGGAGUCAACAAUGAAUGGCAAGACAAUUUAUGAUGAAUCGUGAUCCUUGAUGAGUGUUACAAGAUGAAGUUCAACAUUUUCAACCUGGAGACUUGAUCCUGUUUAAGUUGGGAGUGGUUUCUCCAGUAAUAAAAUGUAGAACCUUUUGAACU